AUGCAGGUAACUUCUCGAUAUGUCGAUCCCUUGGUAGCUAAUCUGAAGAAAAUGCUAGGUUACAGAAUGUUUAAGCAAGGGACCAAAGCGGAAGUGGAUGAUAUCUUGAGGAAAGAAAAAUUGGAGCACCCUUCGAGGAUUGUUUAUUCUUUUGGUAUAUCUCAUGAACAUCCAGGUGCAUUCAUUCUAACAUACAUACGGACUUCGAAUGCACAUCACGAGUAUAUUGGGCUGUAUCCAAAAGGGUUUAGAUUCCGGAAGACGAUGUUUGAGGAAAUUGAUCGACUUGUACUAUAUUUCAAAAAACACAUUGAUGAUCCCCGUGAAUCAAUGCGCUCGGCUACAACUGGUGGUUGGGGUGGCUCUAACACCAAUGAAAGUGGCGGCAGGGGUAGAGCUGGUAGAGGUGAUUAUGGGAACAAUGACAAUCAAGAUGAUAACGGUGGCCGUGGCCGUGGUCGUGGUCGCGGCCGGGGGAGAGGAAGAGGACGGGGGCGAGGGUCAUAUGACAACAGAGGAAAUGACUCUGAUAAUGAAAAGCAGGAUUCAGGUUAUGGAGGUCAAAAGUGGGGUUCUAAGGAUGACAAUGAUGCUUCCGCUGGUGGUUGGAGUGGUGGUGGCGGCAGUUGGGGUGGUGGUGCAAGUGGCGGCAGCGGUGAUGGCAGUUGGGGUGGUGGUGCAAGUGGCGGUAGCGGUGGUGGCAGUUGGAGUGGUGGUGCAAGUGGCGGUGGUGGUGGCAGUUGGGGGGAGAAGAAUAAUGGUGCUUCUGGUUCAGGUGAUGCAAACAAGGACGCAGAUAGUAGUGGGUGGGGUGGCAGCAAGAAAAGUUCUCAAGCAGGAGGAGGUGGUGGAUGGUCUGGUGGUGCAAGUGGCGGAGGUGAUGGUGGUGCAAGUGGCGGAGGCGAUGGUGGUUGGGGGCAGAAGAAUACUACUGGUUCAGGUGAUGCCAACCAUGCUAUUGGGUGGGGUGGCAGCAAGAAAAGUACUGAAGCAGAAGCAAUUGGUGGAUGGUCUGGUGGUGGUGCAAGUGGUGGUGGCAGUUGGGGCCAGAAGAAUAGCGAUGGUGGUGAUGCAAGUGGCGGCGGAGGUGGCAGUUGGGGACAGAAGAAUAGUGGUGGUGGUGCAAGUGGCGGUGGAGGUGGCAGUUGGGGCCAGAAGAAUAGUGGUGAUGGUGGUGGUGGCAGUUGGGGACAGAAGAAUAGCGAUGGUGGUGGUGCAAGUGGCGGUGGAGGUGGCAGUUGGGGACAGAAAAGUAACGAUGGUGGUGGUGCAAGUGGUGGUGGUGGUGCAAGUGGUGGUGGUGGCAGUUGGGGCCAGAAGAAUAGUGCUGGUGGUGGUGGCAGUUGGGGCCAGAAGAACAGCGAUGGUGGUGGUAAGAACAGCGAUGGUGGUGGUGCAAGUAGUGGUGGUGGCAGUUGGGGCCAGAAGAAUAGCGGUGGUGGUGGUGGCAGUUGGGGACAGAAGAAUAGCGGUGGUGGUGGUGGCAGUUGGGGACAGAAGAAUAGCGAUGGUGGUGGUGAAAGUGGUGGUGGCAGUUGGGGCCAGAAGAACAACGGUGGUGGUGGUGGCAGUUGGGGACAGAAGAAUAGCGAUGGUGGUGGUGCAAGUGGUGGUGGAGGUGGCAGUUGGGGACAGAAGAAUAGCGAUGGUGGUGGUGCAAGUGGUGGUGGAGGUGGCAGUUGGGGCCAGAAGAAUAGCGAUGGUGGCGGUGCAAGUGGAGGUGGCAGUUGGGGCCAGAAGAAUAGCAAUGGUGGCGGUGCAAGUGGUGGUGGAGGUGGCAGUUGGGGCCAGAAGAAUAGCGAUGGUGGUGGUGCAAGUAGUGGUGGUGGAGGUGGCAGUUGGGGCCAGAAGAAUAGNCAGAAGAAUAGCGAUGGUGGUGGUGCAAGUAGUGGUGGUGGAGGUGGCAGUUGGGGCCAGAAGAAUAGCGAUGGUGGUGGUGCAAGUAGUGGUGGAGGUGGCAGUUGGGGCCAGAAGAAUAGCGAUGGUGGUGGUGCAAGUAGUGGUGGAGGUGGCAGUUGGGGCCAGAAGAAUAGCGGUGGUGGUGGUGGCAAUUGGGGACAGAAGAACAGCGAUGGUGGUGGUGCAAGUGGUGGUGGAGGUGGCAGUUGGGGCCAAAAGAAUAGUGAAGGUGGUGGUGUAAGCGGCGGUGGAGGUGGCAGUUGGGGCCAGAAGAGCAGCGGUGGUUCAAGUUCAGGUGCAGGUGAUGCUAACAAGGAUGCAGAUAGUUCUUCCGGGUGGGGCGGUAGCAAGAAAGCAGGGGCAAGUGGUGGUUGGUGA